AUGACUAAAAUCAGCGAAGAGCACUUUCCUAUUCAACAUGAAUGUCUGGAAAGGAUGAUUCAGAAUGGGCAUGCUCGGCGUAUGGGAUCAGUUGAAGACUUGUACGUGGCCCUCAACAGACAAAAAUUGUAUCGAAACUUUUCAGCAUAUGCGGAACUAAGUGAUUACUGUAGCAAGGAUCAGCUAACAUUAGCGCUGAGAAAUAUAUGUUUGAAAAAUCCAACUCUUUUGCACAUUGUAUUACCAACAAGAUGGCCAGAUCAUGAAAACUAUUAUCUCAGCUCGGAAUAUUAUUCACACCCACAUCCUGAACAUGAUUAUAUCUCGGUUUUACCAGAAUUAAAACUAGAUGGUGUAAUUAUCAAUGAACAACCUGAAAACGGUAAGAUAGUGAGGCAAAUAUUGGAAGAGUUCAGGAACAGCAAUGGUACUUAUAAUGCAAAAAUCUUUAAAUUGACUACCGCUUUGACCAUUCCUUACUUUGGGCCAACAAGUCCAAAUUGGCGGCUAAUUUGUCUCCCAGAGGAGCACACAGAUAAGUGGAAAAAAUUCAUAUUUGUAUCUAAUCACUGCAUGUCCGAUGGUAGAUCUUCAAUUCACUUUUUUCAUGAUCUAAAAGCCGAAUUAAAUGAUAUCAAAACCCCACCAAAGAAAUUGGACUAUCUUUUCAAAUACGAAAAUGAUUAUCAAUUAUUAAGAAAACUUCCAGAGCCAAUUGAAAAGGUGAUAGAUUUCAGACCACCAUAUCUGUUUAUUCCAAAAUCUCUUCUUUCAGGAUUUAUUUAUAAUCACUUGAGAUUUGCUUCAAGGGGCAUAUGCACAAGAAUGGAUGAUAUGGAAAAAAGUGACGAUGUUGUUGCAGAAAUCAUCACUAUUUCACCAUCAGAACUACAAGAAAUUAGGACCAAAAUCAAAUCAAACAUUCAAGGCAAGUGUACUCUCACGCCAUUUUUGCAAGUUUGUUGGUUUGUGUCUCUUCAUCAAUGGGGCAAGUUUUUCAAACCAUUGAACUUUGAGUGGCUUACUGAUAUCUUCAUUCCCGCAGAUUGCCGUCCACAACUACCUGAUGAUGAAGAAGUGAGGCAGAUGUACAGGUAUGGCGCUAACGUGGGGUUUGUUGAUUUCACUCCGUGGAUAUGCGAGUCUAAUAUGAAUGACAACAAAGAAAAUUUUUGGCCACUUAUCGAACAUUACCAUCAGGUAAUUUCUGGGGCUCUAAGAGACAAUAAACACCUUCAUGGCUUAGGGCUCAAUAUACAAGGCUUUGUCCAAAAAUACGUCAAUAUUGAUAAGGCAAUGUGCGAUCGUGCUAUCGGAAAGGCACGUGGAGGUACAUUGUUGAGUAAUGUAGGUAUGUUUAAGCAGUUGGACUCGUCCAACUGCAACUAUUCUAUAAAAGACUUGGCUUUUGGGCAAUUUCAAGGGUCAUGGCACCAAGCAUUUUCAUUGGGUGUUUGUUCGACUGAUGUAAAGGGAAUGAAUAUUAUUGUUGCAUCAACAAAAAACGUUGUUGGUAGCCAGGAAUCGUUGGAAGAACUUUGCCGCGUCUACAAGGCUAUGCUUUUAGGACCCUAG